CUGAGCCAUUGGUAUUGGAGAUCGCUGAGAGGCCUCAGCCUAGACCAGAACCAGUUCAACAGAUCAGAAGGAUCUUUGAAGAUAUCAGGACAGAAGAGGACACAAGAAGUUCACUGAGGAACAUGAUAUCCGAGUUAGAAAGGUCAUUGAGGAACCCGAAUCUAUUGCAUAUGCACCUAUCCAGGUAGCCCCAGCACCCCAACCAAGAGCUCCAUCACCAGCUGAACAACACCAAGCCCCACGUCAGAAAGUUCAUCAGUUACCGCAGGCAGGAUUCAUGUCACAGACACAGAAACCUCAGCGAAGUCAAUGGGAAGAGCCUGAACCAGAGCCUGAACCUGAACCAAAACCGGAACCAUUGGUGUUAGAAAAUUGCGGAACGCCCUCAGCCACGACCAGAACCUGUUAAGUCGAUGCCUAUCACUGUUAAAAAGUUCUUUGAGGACAUCCGUACCGAGGAGGAGCACAAGAAGUUCUCCGAUGUCUCAGAGAUAAAGGUGACGAAGCUGUUUGAGGAAAUGCCUUGGCGCACUCAGUUUGACCUUCCUCAACAGGAACCAUCCGGAAUCAUCAAUAUUCCCAUUCAGGUGACUUUCGCAGCCACCAGCACAGGCGAAGCCGCCACCCAGCAGACGCGUGCAUCAACUGCCUCAGUCUGGUUUCAUGUCGAAGACGUCUGCGCUUCAGCGCGGCUACUGGUCAGAACCUGAAGAGACUUGGUGACGCCCCGCUACUACGUGGAGCAUCCUCCCUCAGACUACUACAGUGACACCGAGGUCCGCCAGUCUCCCGUCGAAAAGCGAAAGAAGAUCUUCGAGACAUAAGAACUGAAGAGGACACAAGAAGUUUACCGAGGAGCACGACAUUAAAAGUGCGGAAGAUCUUCGAAGACGGCGCACCAGCGUGGGCACCUGUAAAGGCACCCGACAGUGUUUUGCCGAGGCCAGAACCUCAGCCGCUGACAAAGACGCGUGUGCAUCAGCUGCCUCAGGCUGGCUUCAUGUCGAAGACCAGCGUGCCGCAGCGUGGCUACUGGUCGGAGCCCGAGGAAGAUUCCGAGCCAGAACCCGCGCGCAAACUCACGUCCCUGCGCGUGAUCCCGGCCCAUCCCGCAUCGGUACAAUCCGAGCCGGGGGGUGGCGUCGAGGCGCGGCGAAGCAUCUUUGAAAAUAUCACGACCGAAGAGCACCACAAGAAGUUUACGGAAGAUUACGACAUCAAAUACAAACAGGUAUUUGAGGAAGCGGCUCCACAGCCGGUACUAGCGGCGCCUCAGCCGCGGCCGGUGGCGCCCCCUCUUAAGCGCAUGCAUUCACUGCCGCACUCAGGCUUCAUGACGACAGCACAGCCAUACCAGCAGUCAUACCUAUCCGACACUGAGGUGUCAACCUCAAAAAGGAAUGUCAAGCCGCUUCCCCAGGCUGGGUUUGUUACAACAAUAAAGAAACCCGAACACAGAGCAUAUCUGUCUGAGCCAGAGACGGAACCAGAGGUUGAACACAGGCGACGUAUUUUUGAAAAGCUAACAACCGAACAGCAUGACCUACGCACUCGCGAAGAUAUAGAAAGAAAAUAUAGGACUGUAGUUGAGCCUGGUUUAGAAGCCCAUGCUCCUGCACCAGUACAGGUUUGUGCGGCACCGGCUAGAGGCAAUGCGAAAUCCCUAAAAGCUCAAAAACAGGCAGCCCACGUUACCCACAGAAACCAGUCGCUGUUAGUGCACUAGCUGAGUCCUCUCACCACCUCGUGUCGUGAUUCGAAGACUCGCUAGUAGUUUGGAAUUAGGAAAUCUCCCUAACCGUUUCGUAAAUAGGAGAUACACGUGUAGGUUACUUGUGUUGGCUGGUGGUUAAGACAAUAGAAACCAGGACGACGUGACUCGAAAACAAAAUGGCCACAAUGCUGUGCAUAGUGAUCACAACGACAGACAAUGCGCGGCGGCCUUAGACACCUCUGACUCUGAGCAUGCGAUUUUGUGAUAGAUCUAGCGUUACUCCUUACAUUUUACUAAAUGUUUCCGUUUAUAUGUCUACAGAUUUAUUAACUUAUUUAAGUGUAUACAAUUUAGAUAGAGAGAUUAGCACUCUGUGUCAUUUAAACUCGUCUCUAUCCUCUCUUGUAGUCAGUGUCAGCUGUGCUGACUGCGUGGUGUUACCAUUCUCAUUUGUGGAGCAUUACUAAACGUCAGCAGAAUAAACAGGCAUAGUUUUCAACCA